AUGAAUUCUUCUCAUGAGGGCAUUUCGGACCAAGUUCCGACCGAAAACGGUCAGCAGCAGCCUACAAAUGGUGCCAGGAACCCUCCUCCAUCGUUUCCUCAGCAGCCGUUCAUACGUCCACCAGUUCUCCAGCAAGUUCCUCCAUCUCGUGCCGAUCCGUACAUGCAGUACCUACAGCAGCAGCAGCAAGGUUAUGUUUCGGAGCUGUUAAGGCAGCAGCAGGAGAUGAUGAGGCAACAACAGGAGGCAAUGAAACAGCAGCAACUUGCCUUCAUCCAGCAGCAGGAACAACUGAUGCGGAGCAUGAUGUCAUCCAUUCAGGUCCAAGUUCCUCCGAAUCCUGAAGCGCUACUAGACUCUUUAGCAAACAAUAUAAAAGAGUUCCGGUACGAUUUGGAUGGCCAGAUAACAUUCGCCGCCUGGUAUCGGCGAUACGAGGACUUGUUUGAAAAAGAUGCAAGCAGGCUGGAACCAGCAGCUAAAGUUCGCCUGCUAAUGAGAAAAUUGGGAAUCGCGGAACAUGACAGGUAUGUGAGUUUCAUUUUACCGAAAACGCCGAAAGACUUUACGUUUGUGGAAACAGUUGGGAAACUCACUACCUUGUUCGGAUCACCAGAGUCGGUCAUCAGCCGCAGAUACCGCUGCCUGCAGAUUUCCAAACAGUCUUGCGAAGACUAUGUGACGUAUGCCUGCCGACUAAACAAGUUAUGUGUUGAGUUCGAACUGUCUAAGCUAAGCGAAGAACAGUUCAAAUGUUUAGUUUUUGUGUGUGGGCUAAAGUCGGAGAAAGAUUCGGAAAUCAGAACACGUUUGCUGACGAAAAUAGAAGAGCGGAAUGACGUUACUCUAGAACAAAUUUCCGAAGAAUGUCAGCGCCUUCUGAAUCUGCGUCACGAUGCUGCUAUGAUCGAAGCUUCGGCAGCUUCCGUGAAAGUUUUGCGGUCCGUGGGGCACAAACCUGGAUUCUGCCAGAGCGCAGCGAAAAUGCGAAGUGGGAGAUUCGAGCAGCGGAAGGGCAGUGUUGCAGCAAAAGUGGUUACAGUGAACACUUGUAGUGUAAAAGAAAGACGAAAAUAUGUGAAAGUUGAUCUGAACGGAACAGUUGUGCGACUUCAAGUCGACACCGGGUCGGAUAUCAGUAUAAUAUCCAGUGAUACGUGGAGUAAAAUUGGAAAACCCGGACUUUGUUCGUCGACUGUUGUCGCCAAAACCGCAACCGGAAAGCCAUUGGACAUUUGUGGCGAAUUUGAGUGCACAUUAGUGAUUAAUGGCAAAACCUUGCCUGGACUACUACGAGUGACAAGUGAAAACCUCCAUCUAUUGGGAACGGAUAUCAUCGAAGUGUUUGGGUUGUGGUCGGUUCCUUUGGAUACCGUCUGUGGCCAAGUGACCAGCAGUAUAUCGACCGUAGAAGGAUUGAAGAGCGAGUUUCCGUCGGUGUUCACAGAGCAACUGGGGCUCUGUAAGAAAGUGCAAGUGAAACUGGAGCUAAAAGCCGGCAAGUCACCUGUGUUCCGGCCGAAGCGGCCAGUGGCGUAUGCGGUACACGAAGCGGUGAACGACGAAUUGGAUCGUCUCGAACGGGAGAAAAUCAUCACACCUGUCGACUUUUCGGAUUGGGCAGCCCCAAUCGUCGUUGUCCGGAAAGCCAAUGGAUCGAUUAGGAUUUGUGGUGACUAUUCAACAGGGUUGAAUGAUUCUUUGCAGCCCCACCAGUACCCUCUCCCGUUGCCCCAAGACAUCUUUGCGAGUCUGGCUAAUUGUACAGUGUUUAGCCAGAUCGAUUUGAGCGAUGCGUUCCUCCAGGUUGAAGUGGAGGAUGGUUCAAAAAGUUUGCUGACGAUAAACACGCAUCGGGGCUUGUACCGCUACAACAGGUUGACACCAGGAGUGAAGGCGGCUCCCGGAGCCUUUCAGCAAAUCGUGGACCAAAUGCUGACUGGUCUCGUACACACUUCUGGUUACCUUGAUGACGUUGUUGUUGGUGGCAUCAACGACGAAGAUCACAGGAAAAAUUUGCGUGCAGUUUUCCAAAGGUUCGAGGAGUUUGGUUUUACGAUCCGAGCAGAAAAGUGUUCUUUCGGGAAAAGUCAAAUCCGAUACCUGGGUCACCUCCUCGAUCGUCACGGGCUCCGACCAGAUCCAGCUAAGAUCGAAACGAUCCUCAAGUUACCUGCUCCUGCUGACGUUAGUGGUGUGAGAUCGUUCCUUGGAGCGCUGAAUUAUUACGGGAAGUUCGUCCCAAAUAUGCGCACUUUGAGAUACCCGAUGGACGAACUACUCAAGGAAGGUGUCGAAUUCCGGUGGACAACCGAUUGCCAACGUUCUUUUGAUCGGUUCAAGGAGAUUCUUAGCUCGGAUUUGUUAUUAACUCACUACGAUCCGACGCUUGAGAUUAUUGUAUCCGCUGAUGCAUCGUCCGUAGGUGUCGGUGCAACGAUUAGCCACAAAUUCCCGGAUGGUAAAAUCAAAGUGGUUCAGCACGCUGCUCGUGCUCUCACCAAAGCGGAACAAGGGUACAGUCAGCCGGAUAGAGAGGGGUUAGCUAUCAUUUUCGCCAUAACCAAAUUUCAUAAAAUGGUUUUUGGCCGGAAAUUUCGCUUGCAAACGGAUCAUGCUCCUCUUCUCCGCAUCUUCGGCUCUAAAAAGGGCAUCCCAGUGUACACAGCAAACCGUCUACAGCGUUGGGCUCUCACUUUACUGUUGUACGAUUUUGUGAUCGAGCACGUAUCAACCGAAAAGUUCGGACAUGCAGAUGUCCUAUCGCGGCUCAUUGACCACCACGCAAAGCCGGAUGAAGACUACGUCAUCGCAACCGUCACCUUGGAAACCGAUAUCAGGUCAGUCGUACAUGACGCUACUAAUGCUCUUCCUCUUAGUUUCAAGGUGAUUGAGAAGGACACCCAAUCUGACCCCGAGCUCCGUAAGGUAUUCCGGUACGUGAAAGACGGUUGGCCACCAGACGUUGGCACUACAGAUCCGGAAAUAAAGCGCUAUUUUUCUCGUCGUGAUUCGUUGACCACCUUCGAUGGGUGUAUUUUAUUCGCCGAGCGCUUGGUCAUUCCGGAAAGACACCGAAACCGUUGUUUGAAGCAGCUACACCUGGGACACCCAGGAAUCCAGCGUAUGAAGGCCAUCGCCAGGAGCUAUGUGUACUGGCCUACGCUGGACGACGAUAUUGCGGCGUACGUUAAGUCUUGCAAGAAUUGUGCAUCAGCAGCAAGAUCACCGGCAUCCUUACCACCGAUUCCGUGGCCUAAGCCUACAGGCCCAUGGAGUCGCGUCCACAUCGACUACGCUGGCCCGAUCGACGGUGACUAUUUCUUGCUAGCCGUUGACGCCUUUUCGAAAUGGCCUGAAGUGAUUCCGUCGCGCCGUAUAUCAACGACAGCAACGAUUGGUAUUCUGAGAAACAUUUUCUCACGGUUGGGAAUGCCGCAGAUCCUGGUUAGCGACAACGGGACCCAGUUCACCAGUAGUGAAUUUCAACAGUUUUGUGACGACAACGGAAUCCAACACAUUACCACCGCUCCGUUCCACCCUCAAUCGAAUGGGCAAGCAGAGAGGUUCGUGGACACGUUCAAGAGAGCUGUGAAGAAAAUUAGCGGCGGAAGGGGAUCCAUCGAAGAAGCUUUAGACAUUUUCCUUUUAACUUACCGUUGUACACCAAAUCCACAGGUAACAAACGGCACCUCUCCGUCUGAAGCUAUGUUUGGUCGUCGCAUCAGGAUGAAUCUUGACUUACUACGCCCACCUACGAGGCCACCAGAAACAAAAAUUGAUCAGUGUUCUUUAAAACGAAAAUUCGACAUCCACGAUUUGGUCUACGCUAAGGUGUUCAGCAACAACAAAUAUCGUUGGGCGCCAGGCAUCGUAUGCAGCAAGAUUGGGCGAGUCAUGUACACAGUGUUCAUCGAAGAAAGCCGGAUGAUUCGGUCACAUGCAAAUCAGCUUCGAAGCCGUACCGAACCAGAUACGAGUGGUGAACCAAAAAGAGCUCAGCAGAAUUUGCCUCUCGACGUUCUACUGGACUCUUGGAAACUACCUGCCAAAGUGUCACCAGAACCAAUUACGUCUACACAACCAACCGAAGCCAGCUUCCAUUUUACACCGAAUCAAUCAAGUUCCCUACUCCAAUCAACGAUAGUAGGUGGCUCAGCUCUGUCCCCUGAGUCGUCUGCCAUGGAUACAAGUUCAUCAAUGUCGUCGUCAACCACAUCUUCAUCAGCACCGAGUCAAGAAUCCGCUUCCAUGAAUGGCGGGCAAGUUACAUCGGUGCCUACAGAACCACGUCGCUCUUCGAGAGUUCGAAGGCAGCCGCAGUGGUAUCACCCUUACCAUCUCUAUUAAAGCCGGGGGAUGUUGUGGGCGUCUUGCUCUACAAAACCCCUCGAUCAUCUACGCCUCUGAGCUCCGGUGUGACAGCUCGGUCUGUCUCCCUUGCGAC